UACCCUGGUCGUGGCCUUGCACCUCGCGACUCGCCAUGACAGCUCAUUCCUUCGCGCUCCCGGUCAUCAUCUUCACGACAUUCUGGGGCAUCAUUGGCCUCGCUGGGCCCUGGUUCGUGCCCAAAGGCCCCAACCGCGGCGUGAUUAUCACCAUGCUGGUAGCCACUGCUGUCUGCUGCUACUUGUUCUGGCUCAUCACUAUCCUGGCUCAGCUGAACCCUCUGUUUGGACCACAGCUUAAGAAUGAGACCAUCUGGUAUGUGCGCUUCCUCUGGGAGUGAGCACACCAACAGUCCAGGUUCCGACGGUCUGGCCUCACUCAUCUGGUCCCUGAUGUUUCUGUGGCCCCCCCCUGAAGCUGGUCCUGACCCUCUGUCUCCUGCACCCCUUGUCCCUAUCCCUCUGACUUCUCCAAGGUCCACUCUUCCCCAGAUCACCUGGUUGAGGCUCAGUCCCCAAACUCCCAUUGUGCACCCCUGACCUGGGUCUGGGGAGGGGUCUACCUUUACAUGGAGAGAAGGGGUGGGUAUCCCAGAAGCUCUGAGCCAGGUAUCACUGCCAGGGCUGCUCUUGCCUGUUGUAUGACCACCCCCCCAACCAUGAGCCUCCACAUGGGGGCCUCCUUAAUUUCCUCAUGUGAAACAUGGGGGGGAGCAACGGGUUGGCAGGAAAGUCCAUUCCCAGUUCCACUCUGGCUUGUCCAAUCUCCCCUUCUUCCCCACUCUGACAUAGGAACUUUCAAAGAGGAACCUGAGCAGAGGGUCAUCCUGACAGUUUUUGAACUGCAUGGUAUGCCCAUCCUGGUUCCUCAUUCUUGUGGGUAUUUUCAGGAAGCUCUAGAACACCAGUUUCCACCCUAUAGAUAAAUAAUCCACUCCCCCUUGCCCGUCC